AUGGAGCCAUGCGCCGCAGGUUUUACAUACCUCAUAAUGAAUGGUCAAACUAUAGUUUCUCUUUUCGUUCAUCUUUUGGAAAACCAGGAUUUUCUGACAAACUGUAAUAUUGGUAUUCUCAGGGGCUUCAAUCUUUACAUUGUACUUGGUUGCGUUCUUCCAUUGCCGCCGACAUAUGUGACCGUCCGCUGGAAUUUCUUUGUAAACCUCUCGAGUUGCUUCUCGGUGCUAAAAACUGCGAUGAAAGAUGGACCCGGGUUAAGCGCCCGGUUCGGGUCGACUUGCCCUGCCCCCAUGGCAAGCAGGCUGGCAAGCUCGUUAGCGACGAACUCAUCCCGUAUUCUAUUCCCAGUGAUGUCUCGUGGGUUAGCUGUUGUCAUCAUGACCGAGCGUAUAGCCGCGGGGCUCCAAUCGGGAUGCGCGCCUUUUAGAAGUGCUGCAACACCUGAAGCGUGA